AUGGAUCGAACUAUUGCCUUGGGUGACUCUGGAGACGUGGCCCUUAUGAGUGACCUACGACCUGAUAAGGUCUCACGCGCUAACUUCCACAAGUGCUUGGAAUCGAGUAAGCAUUACGUACGCGAUUUUUACCAAAGUCUAGAAUUGCUGCGGUUCGAAAAUAUACCUGCUCGUCUAAUGAGUCGAAAGCCGAAAUUCUUAAUGAGAGACGAACUUAUCGAAUUGGAUCGAUGGGUCCAGAAACGCGGCCGCCAUCUACAAAUUCGCAUACACAAACACAACGAAAACCUGAUCAAAGGCAAUAGUGACGAAGAUGUAGAACAGGUUACUAGCAGAGCAUAUAGACAGUAUUCGAAUAAUGACCCAUUCCCCGCCAUGAAUACUCUUACAAGCCUCAAGGGUGUUGGACUUUCAAGGGCUUGCCUCUUGCUUUCAGUAGCCUAUCCCGAAACCGUUCCGUUCAUAUCCGAUGAACUAUUCAAAUGGAUUUUCCCAGAUAGGAAUAGCGAAAAGAAAAGAAAACGGGACCGAAAGGAUUGUCUCCAUAUGGUCAAUUCCAUCAUAUCUAGACUGACCGUCACUGCUGUUGAUAUCGAGAAAGUGGCCUUUGUGCUUCACUGUGAAGAUAUGGUAGCUGGUCUUCGCCGUCCCGGUAUCUCCAAGCCUCCUGGAAGACCCAUUGGUGAAGGGGCAUUUGGGAGAGUAUACAAGACCAGAAAUGCCAUGGAGCCCGGGGACGAAAGAGAUAUCGCGAUUAAGCACACCUUCAAGAUACCCUCACUCAAGCGACAUAGACUUUUCGCGGAAAUCCUAGAUUCAUCGCUAUUGGCAAAGAAAUCGCCGGAAUACUUCGUCCAAUUCAUAGGAUGGAAUGAAGAUGAUUCGUCUUUCCUACUUGCGAUGGAAUACAUAGAAUUCGGGAACCUGAAAGCCAACCUCAAGAACAUAGGAGAUUCCUGGACACAGCGUGAUACCCAAAGCGUUACAAGGCAGACAUUAGAGGCCCUGAAGGUUAUGCAUAGCGCUAAUCUGACCCACAGGGACCUGAAACCUGAGGUUAAUAUUCUCGUUGUUUUGAAUCAACUUGGUCAGAUUCGUAUAAAGAUCGCGGACUUCGGGAUCUCAAAACGCAGGUCUGAUAGGGGCACAACAUUCCUUCGCACCGCAGCCGGGACAUUCGAGUAUAGAGCGCCUGAGAUUGCAAAAAGCUGGAAAGCAGAGCAAAGCAGCACCUCAAGCUUCUCAUACACUGAGAAGGUAGAUCUCUGGUCCUUAGGCUGUGUCAUAUUCGAAAUGGAUCAAAAGAAGAAACUAUUCCCUGAUGGUGCCCCUAAUACAUGGGACGAUGGAUAUGACCAGAAACUGACCGGGGAACUGGAUAGUACAGGAUUAGGACAGGAUGGGAUUCAGCUGGUAAAGCAACUUCUUCAUUUCAAAGCUCGUAACAGGCCUAGCGCCGAAGCGGCCCUUGGGUCGAAGUGGCUUGCUAUCGGAGAAUAA